GGUGCCUUCCCGCCGGGCGCGGCAUGGCGGGGCCCGUGGACUGUCACUGCCACCUGGCCGCGCCCUGCUUCCAGACGGACGUGGCGGCCGUGGUGCGGGCGGCGGAGCAGGCGGCCGUGGCGGCGCUGCUGGUGGUGUCGGAGCAGGCGGGAGAGUUCCGGAGCGUGCUGGAGCUGUCUGAGAGAUUCCCAGGGUUUGUCUUGCCAUGCCUGGGAGUUCACCCCGUCCAAGAGAUUUCUCCAGAGGAGCAGCGCAGUGUUACUUUGAAGGAUCUGGAUGCUGCGCUGCCUCUUAUAGAACUUUACAAAGACAAAUUGGUGGGGAUUGGAGAAGUUGGAUUAGAUUUCACUCCCAGAUUUGCCAGCACCGAUGAACAGAAGGAAGGACAAAGACAGGUUUUGAUCAAGCAGAUUGAGCUGGCAAGAAGGCUGGAUUUGCCAUUAAAUGUUCAUUCCCGCUCAGCUGGAAGACCAACCAUUAAUCUCUUGAAGGAACAAGGUGCUACCAAGGUGUUGCUCCAUGCCUUUGAUGGGAAGCCAUCUGUAGCCAUGGAAGGGGUGAGAGCUGGAUACUACUUCUCCAUUCCUCCUUCCAUUAUAAGGAGUGAACAGAAGCAGAAGCUUGUGAAACAGCUGCCGCUGGAAAAUAUGUGCUUAGAAACUGAUUCUCCUGCUCUGGGGCCUGAAAAACAGGUGAGAAAUGAGCCCAAAAAUAUUUACAUUGCUGCUGAAUACAUUGCCAAAAUUAAAGGAAUUCCAGUUGGAGAAGUUAUAGAAGUGACUACACAGAAUGCACUAAAAGUAUUCCCUAAACUUCAGCACUUUAUUCGGAUAUAGAUUCAGAAACUGAAAUAUAUAAUGUUGCAGAAAGUAUUACUUGUGGUGUAAUUAAUAAAACCAAUGUACCAAUCUUGUGUUUAAGUGGAGUUUUGCAGUGGGAAGUUCAAGAAACAAGGAGUAUUAUAUAGCUGGAUAGGAUGAAAAUAGGGAAUUUCUCAAAGACCUUUGGUGUGCACUGUAAUAAUCUCUUGAAUGCGAUAAAGACACGUUGUUCCUUUGCA